AUGAACUUUGAAGCUGCAAAUUGGGGAUGGUUGAACUGGUUUGCUGAUAUUGAAAGCCAAAAUGAAUUAAAUCAAAGAAUAUUUACCAGAUCUCAUCAUUUCCACCAACUGAAUCAUCAAAUGUUACAAUUUGCAAAGCUUAACUAUGCACCAAGGGUAUCCCAGCCCAGUACCGUCUCUAGAACUAGAGAUCCAUCCAAAAAGGUAGUAGAGAGGAAACAAAGGAAUAAAGAAGUUACAACUCAUACAGAUCAGAUACUAGCUAAGCAAUCUAGAGAGUUGGAAUUGAAGAUCAAAGAGAUGCAGGAGUUUACUAUGAAUUUGAAAGCUCAGAUAAAGAAAAAUAAAGAAUCAGAGGCUGAAAAACAGAUCAAAGACAUUUCCAAACCUAUUGAACAAGAUUCCGGUGAUGUAGAUGUGAUUUAUGAUGAAAUACUGGGAGACUCAAAUGAUAAUUUACUUCUUCCAGAUUCAAAAUCCAAUACAGAUAAUGUUGCUGUAUCACUAUUUGAUCAACCUGCUAGAGGUAUUGUGUUACCACAGGUUAUGUUGAACAAAAUUGGUGAUAACGUUGUACACAUUGUUAAUAAAGAUAAGCCAAACUGGGAUGCUAUUAUUUUAGAUCUAGCGAAAAAUAAAGGUGGACUUCAAGGUGUGGUAAAGAAGGAUAUUUAUCAAUUCAUGGGACAAAUUGCCAUGGGGAAGAUAAGCUCAGGCUCUUUGGAACUACUCCACGAAAUGUUGAAAGAGAAUGGUAUUGCUUUCAAAAACUUCGCCUAUGAUUUCUUCAUGAAACAAUAUGCACAAUUAGGAUCGCUCUUUAUGGUGGAAUCUUUUUACAAACAAGCAUUAGCUGAUGGUGUCAAACCUUCAAAAUAUAUGUAUUCAUAUUUGAUCAAAGUUUACUCCAAACAUAAAAACUUGAAGAAGAUCAAUCAAACUUUGAACUUAAUGCAUCAGAAUAAAGUUGAACCAGGAUUGGUGAUUUACUCCAACGUUUUGAAUUUAUGUGUGAAUAUGAAGGAUUCAAAUCAAGCUCAAGAGAUUUUCCAAAUGAUGAAGUUCAGAUCAACUCAAACUAAACCAGAUAUCCAAGCGUACAAUAGCAUGAUUUUACUAGCAACCAACGAUAAUGAUAUUUACAAGGCGUUGGAUCUUUACCGAGAAUUGGAAGAUGCGAAAUUGUCCCCAAAUCUAUUUACAUUGAAUUGCCUUGCUAGAUGUUGUUCCAAGAAUAAAGAAUUUUUUGUUCAUGGCUGGAGAUUUAUCAAUGAAAUAAAUGAAAGAAGAUUAACACCAAAUGUGAGAACUUUUGAAGCAAUGCUGAGAUUAGCUGCAAAAGAUGGUGAUUUGGAACUAGCAAGAGCGUUGUACAUUACCAUUUUCAAAAUGAGACAAGAUGUUAGAAUUCCAACUGCAGGCCAUGAAGCUUUAGUUUAUUUGCUUAUGGCUUAUAGAGAUUAUAAAAUAGGUUAUCGCCCUUCAAUGCUUGAUUUCCCAGAAGGUGUUGCCAUCAGAAGAAAUGCUUUAAAUUUGGUUGAUUUCUUGGGUUUGCAUCAAGAUGUUGAUUUUGAUUUGACUGAAUCGAGAGAGAAAAAUCAAUCACCUCCAUUUUUGCCUUUAAAGACUUUGAUCCACCCAAAGCAAAUCAUAGCAGAAUCCAAUGCAAUUUGGUCAUUUCAUCUUUUAAGUGAUCCGGGAAAUACUUUGAAUUUACCAAAUUUGAUUACAUUCUUGAGAAUCCCAAUUGAACAUGGUGAUAAACAGGAAUUUUUAAAAAGAUUUGAAGAGUUGACAUAUCCUAGUCCAGAGAUCAAGUUUUCAAAUCUUGAAACAGCAGAAGAGUUUCAACAGUCCCUUGAAUAUGAAAUCGAAGAAGAUAUUGAACCCGAGAGCAAUGAAUUAGUUCAUGUUGAAGAGGAUUUACCUGAAGCCAUAAAAAUGUCACAAUCUUUGAAACUGAAGAUGGAGAGAAGCUCUGAAAUUUACAUCACGUAUCUUUCAGCAGGUAACAGAUUUAGAGAUUUGGAUAUUUGUGAAAAGGCAUGGAUUGAAAGAGGCAAAUAUAGAAGGGUGAAGAAGUUUAAAAGUUUAAACAGUUUUGACAAGGCUAGACAAGAUUAUAGAUUUGCCAAAGAGAUGGUGUUAACUUUCACUCAAAUGGGUUUAUUAGAAGAUGCAGUCAAAAUUGUCCGUUCAACAAAAUACCAAUUUGGUUGGAAAUUUUAUACUUUGAAACCACUAUACGCUGCUUUAUCGGAAAUUGGUGAUAAUAGAUCAAUGAUCGCGAUCCAAGAUAUUUGUAACGCUAGAAAAGGUUAUGAUUUACCAGAAAUGCCAAAAGAUAAGCAUUGA